UCCUUCCGCAGCUCGAUACAAAAAGCCAGAAGCGUUAAGAACAGAAUGUGUGGGCUGUGGCUAUUAACUCUGCUGAGUUCUGCACUUAUAGUUACUGCACAGCUCCCAAGUUUCUGGGGCUGUCCAGAAAAGAACAUCCCUAUGCCAGACUUUGACUUGUCAAGAUUUUUGGGUGUAUGGUAUGAGAUACUGAGGGUGCCUACACUGAUGGAGGUUGGUGCUUCAUGUGUCAAGAAUAACUAUACACAGACAGCUGAUGGAAAGAUACAUGUCGAGAACGAACUAAAGCCACUAGGUCAACCAAAGCGAGUGAUACCAGGAGAACUGAAAAUUGCAGGGAAAGCAAGCGAAGGAAAGAUCACCAUCAGAUAUAAAGUUCCAAUUCUACCGGCAUGGGAGACAACCUACCACGUUCUGAACACAGACUAUGAUUCAUAUGCAGUUCUGUGGAACUGUGCAAGCUAUGGAAUAAUGAAUAUACAAUCUGCAUGGCUAUUGGCUAGACAGAGAAAGCCCCCUGGCACAGUUUUGCAGAAGGCAUAUGGGGUGCUUGAUGCAUACAGCCUCCCUCGAAAUUACUUUGUGGAAACCUCACAUAAUGACUGUGAAAUAGCCGCAGUGGCCCCCGAUGUUAUCCCAUCAAACCCAGUACCAGACGAUGCAACAAGAAAACCAUCCAUCUCGGACAACAAAGACCCUGUCAAAGAACAACCCAUUGUGCCCAGUGAUGAUAAAUCUAAGAAAACAACAGAUGCCAAGAAAUCUACACAAGACAUAUCAGAAGGUGCUGAAAGCCUAUAUAAGGAUGAAGUACCCAAGCCCUCAUCUGACACAACUCAAGAAAAUAAAGCUUCAUCCAAAUCAAUUGCAGCUCCUGAGAAAAUUAACAUCCCUUCCAGUAUGAUGGCAGAAAUUCCCUCAGAAAUAAACGAAGAAAAACUGUAGUCUCUUGUAUGAUGGUCAGCAUUCCUACAUUGUGGUCUUCACUCACACAAUGAACUCAGUCUGGAUACCAUCAAGUCAAUUUAUUUCAUUCAAUUACAUUUUAUAGAACAGUUAAAGUGAUUAGUUAUAUCAAAAUAUUAUUAUAUAGAUCAUAGCAGAACAUGUUGUUGUCUGUCUUAAUUCCAAAUAUGAUCAAAUAUUAACAUGAUUCAAGAUAUAUUUAUAAAGGAAGACAAAAUUAAUAAACUAUAUUUGCCACGUGUUAAGAAUCUCAAUAGGAUCAUUUAUGCAGCCGCAUCUGAAUAUGUACCUCAGUUCACUAGUGUAUUACACAUGAAAAACAUUUAAAUAAAUGUUCCACACUUUAGUCACAACACCAGCAGUUACAUUUUCUAACAUAUGAAGCAAAUACAAACUGUAUUUGUACCACGAUAUCAAAACUGAACAGAGGGAUGAAGGUGCUUGUAAUUACAUUAGUAUGUUUAAGAGUUCAAGAUUGUAAUAUGACUAAUAUGAAUGGCUGUUUUCCUCUAGCUGAUGUAACCAUCAGUCACUCAAACCCAAGUAGGUGAGAUAUCUUCUCACAUAUACACUGCACUCAGCAGCUGCAAGGUGCCCUAAAUGAACUGUUUAUGGCAUAAUCGUCUACUUAUGCUUUAUAUACCAUUAUGAACACUGUUACAAAUAAAUUUUAAAACUGUAA